CUCUCUCUCUCUCUCUCUCUCUCUCUCUCCCUCUCUCUCCCUCCCUCCCUGUGGAGCAGAAAUGCAGCAGAGCUUGAUCUGACUUGUCCUCCCUGCUGGCUGGAAGAAGUGUCUCUUGCUCCUCGGGAACUUUAUUUGGGUGCCUCACUAACUCACUCCAGCAGUGUGAUAUGGCCGUUUCUGUUUCUCUCCAGUGUCUGGGGCUCAUCAUGCUCGCAGCAAUCCUCCUGCAGACCAUCGCGGUUGCCUUCAGCUUUGUGUACUUCAACAAAGUCCUGAGCACGAUGCAGGAGAGUUUCUCCCGCAGCAGUGUGUCCUGUCUGAUCAACGCAAAUCAGCUCAAAGAUUCAGCGGAGGACAAGAAGAGUGAUCCCUGCUGGCAAGUCACGCAACAGCUCCACUACCACAUAGAGAAGACGAUAGCUGACAGAUUCCAGAAGGAGAUAUCCACCGCUAUGAGAAAUAAGCUGACGGGAGUGCUGCCUUUCCUGAGCCCCGGGGUCCAAAGGGUCCCUCUUCCUAAAGUUGCCGCCCAUGUGACGGGGGUCAUCUCGUCCACAGAUCCUCCAUCAACAGACGGCCCGCGGAGCAGCAGGGGCUACUUGGGGGAGCGAAUCCGAGCGUGGGAGGGCCAGAGAGGUCUGUCCUUCCUGCAGAACAUGGAGCUGAAGGAAGGAGAGCUGCUGGUGCCCAGAGAAGGCCUCUACUACAUCUAUGGCCAGACCUACUUCAGACUGCACUCCACGGAGGAGACGGAUGGGGAUGCAAAGGGGGAGACGGGGGAACCAAAGGAGGAAGGAGCUCAGCUUGUCCAGUACAUCUACAAGAAGAUGAGUUCCUACACGGUGCCCAUCCUGCUGAUGAAAUCGUCCCGGAGUGCCUGCUGGCCUCGUGGCCAGGAGCCUGGCCUCUUCUCCCUGCAUCAGGCCGGUACCGCCUUUCUACAGCCUGCUGACCGCCUCUUCAUCACCGUUAGCAACGCCAGCGCAAUGGAGAUGGACGGAAGGGCAAGCUACUUUGGGGCCUUCCUCGUGGGCUAAAGAGGGAAAACCCCCCGGAUAGAAGUGUCCGGGACUGGGACGACUUGAUACAGACGUCAACAAGAAGUGAACCCAAAGGUCAAGGGGUUUGCUUGAUAAUAUGAGCAGCUGUCUGGGGGUACAGGAUUGGAGAAGAAGAAUGGACUCUGAGGAGUGCAAAGGACUUCUUCGGGACCACGGAGCUGUAAGGAUAUGAUCUAACGGAGCUGCAGUGGCAGACUCUCAGUGGCCCAAUAUGGCAAGGACGAAGAGCCAUUUGCUUUUCAAGGCUAGUAAACAGGAUGACAGAGCAAACGUGGAUUAUGUGGUGCAUUCAGAGUACGGGGCGAUUGGACAAGUACAAUAGAUGCUGAUUAAAUGUUGCGCUCUCAUGUGUGAAUGACUUCUAUUGAGGACAGAGAGGGAUGCUUUGCCUGCAGGUCAAACAGUCAACAGUUAUUGAGUU